AUGGAUGUGAUCGGAACUAAUGAUCCUCCUACUUCAAAUGGGCAUCGAUUCAUCUUAGUGACAAUUGAAUAUUUCACCAAAUGGGUUGAGACCGCGUCCUAUAAGCAUGUGACUAAGAAAGUGGUGUCGGAUUUCUUGAGAAAUAAUAUCAUCUGUCGUUUUGGGGUGCCAGAGACGUUGAUCACUGAUAAUGCCAAAAACCUCAACAAUGAUAUGGUGGAUGGAUUAUGUGAACAGUUCAAGAUCAGACAUCGAAAUUCUGCCAUUUACAGGCCUCAAAUGAAUGGAGCCGUCGAAGCCGCAAAUAAGAAUUUGAAAAAAAUCAUUCGUAAGAUGAUUGAAGCACACCGGAUAGAAGAAGCUGAAUGGGUCAGAGAACGUCAGGAACAGUUGUCUUUGAUUGAUGAAAAGAGGUUGAAUGCCGUCUGCUAUGGACAAUGUUAUCAGCAACGAAUGGCUCGGGUUUACAACAAGAAAGUCAAGCCCCGCUUGUUUGAAGUUGGAGAUAAGGUUUUGAAACGGAUUCUUCCAAUGCAAGAUGAGGCUAAAGGGAAGUUUGCUCCCAAUUGGUAA